AUGGGUUCCAACCAGACCACGCCGACACCUUGGUACUCUGACCCGAAUGGCGACCUCAGACAGGACAUUUUCGUUUGGUUCUUGUUCAUCAUUGUGAUCGAUCGUGCUGCUGCUAUGUACCGACGCUUUCGGCCAGCCAACAGCAUCAAUACAACAGCAUCAAUAGCAGAGGACAGGUUGGACGGCUGUCAGGAAGUGAGCGAUGCCAACGUCUCCGAAGUAGCAGCUUCCAUCAUCAAAUUCCUCAGCGAACAUCCACGCGGGCCUCAAAAUGGCUUGGACGAAAUGCUAGAAGCGCUCCUCCAGUACAACAAACUGAGCAAACAUCCGGUUGUCUUUGAUGCCAACAACGCACGGUGUACCGGCGGCUCCAAAACCAAUUGA